CACGGUGGCGAUCAAACCGAGCGCUUCGAAGCCGCUAUGCAAGAGCGCAAUACUCGAAUCGUUCAUGACGGACAGCCAGAGCUUACUCACGCAUGCGACAAAUGUACACGGAUUUAUCAAAACGAUGACGGUACUUGUUCUAGGGUCGAAGUCGCAGUAAUCGACGGUCUUACCAUGGGGCAUCCUUGCUGCGCUGAACCGACUUGCUUCAAUCCACUUCCUCGCAAUCGCAACAAGAAGCGGUACUGUGACCAUCACGAUGACCGUCAUUCAAUCUGCGCUAUCGUUGGCUGUACUGCUCCAGUGACAAAGAAUUCCAUGACCUGCUCCGAUCUCAAGCACUCCGAGAUGGAGAGGCUUCAUCUGGAGCGUGGCAAGUCCAUCUUUCGGCUUCGACAGCUCAGUUCACGGGCAAAGGGAAUCGACACAAGCAAUAUGGACGAGGCGGAGGCAUUGUUGGACAUGGACGAGAAUGAGUGGUUUGAGGUGCUGGACUCAGGUGAUGUUCGGGUGUACGAUGCAACAGCACCGGAGAGUUCUACGGGACAGUUGGAUGAGAAGAUGGCAUCAGCAUCGGCGAGGUGCGAAGGAAAGUCGGAGACAGGCAAUAAGAAAAUACGAGCCCAGUUCACAAGGCAACGUACCCACAACAAAGAAAUUCUUGUCCGACUGUGUGGAGUUAUUGUGGCGCGUGCAACGCUGAAAAGUGCAGAGGGUGUAUCCAGUGUCAUGGACAUGGUCAAGCAUGUCUACACUCGACCACGUGCACGUAAGAUCAAUCAUCUCAUAUAUGAUUCUGCUUGUAUUGCGAGGACGUUGAAGAAGGUCCAGGACGAUCCCUGGUGGCAGGAUGUCGGGCUCACCGUUGAUACCUUCCACUUCAAGUGCAAGCACAAGGAGUCGGAUAUCAACUGUCAACUCUACUGUAAUCCCGCUGAUUACCCAGAGCUUGUAGUUGGUGAUGGCUGGUAUUUCAACUCGUCCACAUGUGAGCAAACAAAUGCAUGGUUCGGAGGAUAUAAUGCUAUUGUUCGGGAAAUGAGGUCUACAAAGUACAACUAUUUUCUUGAUGAAGUGAUUAUCAAGCGUAACACUGUUCUGGUACAUAGAUUGGAUGCCAGUGGAGAAGGAAGGCUGCUGUACUUUACAUGA